AUGUUUAAAAUACUCUUCUUUAUUGUGCUGUCUUUAUCGGCAGUUUUAGCAGUACCGUCGAAUAAACGCAAUCCCACUAUUGCACCUUUGAUCGUUUCCCGAGACGCCGAAAUUGUUCCUGAUCAAUAUAUUGUGGUACUUAAAAAGGAUGUUCCCAAAGACAGAAUUACUACUUUUAGCGAGGACAUUCCUGGAAUGACACACACUUACAAGAUGGAUGGUUUUCACGGAUUCGCUGGUAGAUUCUCAGAACAAAUGCUAGAUAUAAUCAGGCAGAACAAUGACGUGGCAUUUGUUGAGAAAGACCAACAAGUGCAAACGUCGACGGUAGUAGUCCAACCUGGUGCACCAUGGGGUCUGGCACGAAUAUCUCAUCGUGCACAUUUGAAUUUGAGUACCUUCGGUCAAUUCGCGUACGACCCAAUUUCUGGCGAGAAUACCACUGUGUACGUACUCGACACUGGCAUCAACAUCAAGCAUACUGACUUUAGUGGUCGCGCUAGAUGGGGAGUCACUAUCCCAGCUGAUGAACCCAACACCGAUGAGAACGGACAUGGAACCCACGUUGCUGGUACAAUUGCGGGGCUCCGGUUCGGCGUUGCCAAGAGAACUAAAGUCGUUGCUGUUAAGGUUUUCCCAGCAAGCGGAACUGGUCCUAAUAGCGAUGUGAUCAAAGGCAUAGAAUGGGCUGUGAACGACCACAAAAAGACUGUCGCCAAAGCCAAACGAAGAGGAAAAGUAUUUAAGGGUUCAGUUAUUAAUAUGAGUUUGGGAGGUGGUAAGAGUACGGCCUUGGAAGCUGCUACUAAUGCAGUAAGAGCGGUAAAAGCGAUUGCUGUUGGUUCUACAACUCCCGAGGAUUCGCGCUCUUGGUUUUCCAAUUUCGGCUGUUGCGUUGCUAUUUGGGCUCCAGGUAGCUGCAUUGAGUCUGAUUGGAUUGGUUCUAAGACUGCCACAAUGACACUCUCUGGUACUUCCAUGGCGACUGCUCAUGUAUCCGGUCUUGCAGCUUAUUUCCUCACGUUGAGCCCAACUCUAUUGACACCGGAAACAUUACGUACUAAACUGCUUACUGUAGCUACACGAAAUGUCCUCACUGACCUCAAAACGUGCAGUCCAAAUCGUUUGGCAUACAAUGGUAUUGGGUUCUAA